UAUUUAUUUAACAGUCAGACUGUUGGUUGUUACCUAGGUUGACCAGGUGGGCAAAUGUUCAAAAAUAAAGCAAAAAUGGCUUUUUAAAAAUAAAUUAAAAUAAUAUUUUUUCGCCUGCCACCACAGGUGGAGUUGUUAUGCUUAAAACAAAAAGGAAUAUGUCUGCUUUAGUCACAGUUCACAGUUCCACUAAUAUGACUAGUUGGGCAGCCACAAUCAUAAAACUAGUGGAAUAUUGUUUAAUGAUUUCUCUAGUUGUCAUGAUAGACUUUCAGUGUAAAACCAGCCCAUAUUACCCUUCAAGAUUGGUUGCCGGCAUGGGAUUUUUUUUAUAAGGAAAACCAAAAAUAGAAGAACACAUGAUUAUCAGAAAAAAAUUAAAACAUGGGUUGUUGUUUUAAUCUAUUACUAGUAUCCAUCUUCUUCAUCAUACAGUACACAACUGCACAAUCAAUAUAUCGUUUUCACCUUUGUUUAGGAGCUAAUUCCAGCAGUUCUACUGGCACUGGUAAUACAUUUCAAACUAAUCUCAAUCAUCUAAUUACUUCACUAUCAUCCUCUGCGAGCAACAAUUCAAUUACCAUAAGAAAUGGAUACUAUAAUACCACUGCUGGACAAACUCCGGAUACUGUUUACGGUUCAUUCCAGUGUAGAGGUGAUGUUUCAUUAGAUGAUUGUAAAACUUGUGUUCAGAUGGGUGCUCAGGAUAUGAACACAAAUCAAAGAUGUCCGAGUUAUAAACAAGCAAUCAUUUGGUUUAAUGAAUGUAUGUUUAGGUAUUCGAAUCAAUACUACUUUAGUAUUAUGCAAGAGAAACCUACAGUUUACUUUUUGAGUCUGAAUAAUGUUUCUAAUCCAGUUGAGUUUAACCAAAUCUUAGGUGAUUUAUUGAGGAAUUUAGUAACUGAAGCUUUGUCUAAUAGUAGUUUUGCUACUGGAGAUAAAAAUCUUACAGAUUCUACCAAAGUAUAUGGAUUUGUACAGUGUAGUGCAGAUAUAUCUUCAGGUGAUUGUAGUCGAUGUCUUCAUCGAGCUAUAGCUGAAGUACCAGAUUGUUGUUCUGGGAAAAGAGCUGGAAAAGUAAUUACACCCAGUUGUAUUCUUAAAUUUGAUUUAGAUCCUUUCUUUCAAUCUACAACAGUUAGUUCACGGCCAUCUCCUCGUGCAUCACCGCCACCGUCCACCAAUGCACAGAAACCAAACUCAAAAGGGAAUAACUCAUCCAAACUUGCUAUCAGUAUAGCUGUUCCAUCGGCUAUUUUGGUACUUGUCGCCAUUGCCAUCUUGUUUUUCUGUUUCUGGAGAAAGAAAAAAAAGGCAAAGAAGUUCGUUUUUGUCAAUGAUGAGGUUCUAACUACAGAAUCCCUGCAAUUCAACUUCGGUACAGUAAGUACUGCAACAGAUAAUUUCUCUGAAGCUAAUAAACUCGGAGAAGGUGGAUUUGGCUCUGUUUAUAAGGGUACACUUGUAGACAAACAAGAAAUAGCAGUGAAGAGGCUAUCCAAAAAUUCCGGACAAGGCGAACAGGAGUUCAAGAAUGAAGUUACAUUAGUAGCUAAACUUCAACACAGAAAUCUUGUGAAGCUUGUUGGUUUUAGUCUAGCUGGUGAAGAAAAACUACUCAUCUAUGAAUACAUGCCAAAUGGAAGCCUUGACCAAAUUCUAUUCGAUUCAGAUAAAUGUACACAGCUGGAUUGGGAAAGACGAUACAGGAUAAUUGGUGGUAUAGCAAGAGGACUUGUUUAUCUUCAUGAGGAGUCCCGGCUUAAAAUCAUCCAUCGGGAUCUCAAAGCUAGCAAUAUACUGUUAGAUAAGGACAUGAAUCCUAAAAUUGCUGAUUUUGGCAUGGCUAGGCUUUUUGUGCUUGAGCAAACUCAAGAUAGUACCAAAAGAAUAGUUGGAACGCAUGGCUACAUGGCUCCAGAGUAUGUAAUGUAUGGUGAAUACUCUGUGAAAUCGGAUGUUUUCAGUUUUGGUGUUUUAGUUUUAGAGAUACUUUGUGGACAGAGGAACAGCAGUUUUCAUAAAUCAGAUGUUGCUCGGGACCUUUUAAGCUAUGCAUGGAGACAUUGGAAUAAUGGAUCUGACAUAGAAAUAUUAGAUCCAACUUUGAAGGAUGCAUGUUCUAGAAGCGAAGUGAUGAUGUGCAUCCAUGUUGCACUAUUAUGUGUUCAAGAAAAUGAUGCAGAUAGACCCACAAUGCCUACAGUUGUCCAAAUGCUUAACAACUCAUCAGUCAGUGCCAGUCAUGAUUUACCUUCAUCACCUGCAUUUUUUGCUGAUGGCACGAGACAAAUAACACGCCAUCCAGACUUGAAUCUAGUCCGCAAUGCAGAGCAAGGAAGCUUGAGGAACGAGUCAAUCAGUGAAGUAUCGACAUUGAGCGUGAAUGAAAUUUCAGUAACUGAACUAUACGCUCGAUGACAAUACAAUUAUACAUAUUCAGAGUGCUUAUCUUUAUCUUUUUUAAGUUGAUUGGCAUUCUUUCUUUCUUUCUUUGAUGGCAAUACAUGAAUUUUAAGCAAUGUUCAUUCAUCAA